AUGUUGUGCCACGAUCACGAGAGAUCCGCUCUUUUACAUUUUAAACAGAGCCUUCCUGCUUCUUCAAGUUCAUCUGCUUACUCAAAGACUGCAUCUUGGAAGGCUAGCGGAAAUAGUAGCAGGGAUUGCUGCUCGUGGGACGGGGUCGAGUGUGAUGAAGCUACUGGUUACGUUAUUGGUCUUGACCUCAGUAGCAGUCUUAUACAUGCUACUCUUCACUCCAACAGCACCCUGUUUAGCCUUGUUCACCUUCAGAACCUAAACCUCGCAGAAAAUAACUUCAUGAACUCUUCAAUCCCACUGGAGAUCUCCCGCCUUUCAAGUUUGUCCUUUAUAAACCUCUCAAACUCUUCAUUUUCUGGCCAAAUCCCACACGAGUUGUCAGGAAUGUCCAAAUUGGCUUCACUUGAUCUGUCUUUCAACUAUUUGUAUGGAGACUUCCCGAUUGCCAUUUUCAAUCUAUCAGGCCUGCUUGUUCUUAAUGUGAGUCGCAAUCAAAAUCUCAGUGGUUACCUACCAGAGUUCAACACAACAAGCCCCUUCAGGGAACUGGAUAUUGCUCACACAAAAUUCUCUGGUACCAUACCAUCCUCAAUCGGAAAUCUGAAGUCAUUGAAUAAGCUACGACUCAGAAAUUGCUACUUUUCUGGAUCUAUUCCGACCUCAAUUGGUAACAUGACCCAACUUACUUAUUUAUCACUUGCAUACAACAUGUUUAAUAAGUCAGAUGAUCUCUCUUGGCUUCAGAAGCUAACUAAACUGACAGCGUUAAACCUUGCUGACACUAAUCUAUAUGGUGACCUCCCACCAUCUCUUGCAAAUCUCAACCAACUUACUUUUUUAUCACUUGCACACAACAUGUUUAAUAAGUCAGAUGAUCUCUCUUGGCUUCAGAAGCUAACUAAACUCUCUAAGUUAAACCUUGAUGAUACUAAUCUAUAUGGUUACCUCCCACCAUCUUUUGCAAACCUCACCCAACUUACUUCUCUUUCACUUGCACAAAAUGGAUUUGUUGGUGAAAUCCCAUUGUGGCUGGUGAACAUGACCCAAUUAAAAAUAUUAGAUUUGGGUUUUAAUGAACUAACAGGUCAGAUUCCUCGCUCAUUUUCUCAACUCAAGAACCUGGAAUAUCUAUCUCUUUCUAAAAAUAACUUCACUGGUACAGUGGAGGUUGACAUUUUUUUCAGCUCUAGAAACCUUGCCAUUCUCAGUCUAUCUGGGUGCAAGAUAACGUUAAAUUCCCCCCAUCACUCUAACUUCAGUCUUCCAAAGCUUGAAAUUUUAUCAUUGGCUCGCUGCAACUUAACAGAGUUCCCAUACUUUCUGCAGUUUGCGAGUAAAUUAAUGGCACUUGUAUUGCGCGGUAAUAAUAUUCACGGUAAUAUACCACACUGGAUCUGGAAUGCAAGUAAUUUGGAGUUGAUUGACCUUGGUGCUAACUUCCUAACAGGCUUUGAACGGAAUCCGAUUGCUAUUCAAAGUAAAAGUUUGAUAUACAUAGACAUAAACAAUAAUAUGCUACAUGGGAAUCUCCCAAUUCCACCACCAAAUGCAUAUAUGUACGUGGUGAACAACAACAGAAUUACAGGGGAGAUUUCACCCAUGAUAUGUGGUGUCAAGUCUCUAAAAGUACUAGAUUUGUCAAGUAACAACAUGAGUGGGCCAAUUCCACAGUGCCUCGCCAAUUCUUUGAAAGCACUUUUUCUCCAAAAGAACAACUUUUCUGGUACAAUUCCUCAAACAUACCCGAAAGAAUGCGACCUGAGAGUGAUGGACAUGAGUCAAAACCGGUUUACAGGGGAAGUUCCAAAAUCGUUGUCAAAUUGUAAAAUGCUACAAAUUUUGGAUCUGUCAAAAAAUCAGAUGAAACAAACUUUCCCUACUUGGUUGGGGAGUCUUCCACAAUUACAGGUUCUUCUUCUGCAUUUUAACAUGUUUCAUGGUGAGAUUGGUAGUCCAAGAAGUCUUUCAGAGUUUCCGUUGCUGUGCAUUAUCAAUCUCUCACAUAAUGCUUUGACCGGUGCUUUGCCUGUGAAUUAUAUCCAGAUUUGGAAUGUAAUGAAAGUUGUACGUAGAGGCAUUGAACCAUAUAUUGAGACAUAUGUCUACAUUCCGUUUUCUCAUGGAAAGUACCCUUAUAGGGACAUUUUCCUUUGUUACAGCCCAAUGAUUCUUACCAACAAAGGUGCAGAGAGGGAGUACAACAAGAUUCCAAAUAUUUUCACUGCAAUUGACCUCUCAAGUAACAAGUUCACAGGAAAGGUUCCUGAAUCUCUUGGAAGUCUAAAGGCUCUUCAGUUGCUCGACCUUUCAAACAACGAUCUUACAGGUCCAAUUCCUCCGUCACUCGGGAACCUAACACAGCUUGAAUCGUUGGACCUUUCACGUAACAAGCUCUCGGGAGUCAUCCCUCAACAGUUAGCAGCGCAACUCAACUUUCUCUCUUUCUUCAAUGUGUCUCACAACAAUCUAACGGGUCGCAUACCACAAGGCACGCAGUUCAGUACAUUUGACAACAAUUCUUACAUCGGAAACUCGGGACUAUUUGGAUUCCCAGUAUCUAAGAAUUGUGGAGCACCGCAGUCACCACCUGAUGACAACGAGGAUGGUUCCGAGGAAGAUAAGUUUCCAAGUGGAUUUGAUUGGUUAUUCAUAUUAGUUGGACUUGGGAGCGGGCUUGUUGUUGGCUUUGUUAUGGGAGACAUUUCAAUGGAUAGACACCCCUGGCUGAUUCGUCGGAUUGUUCGGAAAUUUGGACGAACAGAGAAGAAACCGAGGACGCGCAGGAGACAGAUCAUUCGGGCUUAA